GCCGUUGUCAAUGUCAAAGGCAAGCAAAUAUGGUUUGAGGUUACGUUGUUUUAUUGGAAGAUUCAAUAAAUUAAAGAAUUUAGUGUAAUAAAACAAUGGCCUAUUUGAUACGAGCAGUGGGAUUCAAGCCCGUUGGAGUUAUAACUAGGAACUUUAACAAAAUUGUGAUUACGGACGAUGGAUCUACAAUAGUUGCCCUACAUAGAGACCAAGAAUUUCCAUACGAACAUUCAAGACCUCUUCCAGAUGAAGUUAAAGACGAAUCUAUCCUGAGAAUGUCUGACUACAAGGAAGUGAAGAGAGUUUUCCAUAACGUAAAGCCAGAGAUAGCGAGACAACAUUUAUCUGCAAUGACACUGACUACUAAGCACCGCUGGUUCCCAAGAGCGAGAGACAAGAAAGCUAAGAAUACUGAAAUGGACAGACCAUACUUGUGAUUAUGCAGAAGU